UGUAACAUAACGGAUAGUGUGCAGUGUUAUUUCUUUAGCCUAUUUUAUUUUAUGUUUUUGCUAUUUUGCCACUCCGUCGCCAUGGAUUAGUGCUUUGAUAAUGUUGAAAUGCUUUAACAUGUUUCAAUAAUCGAAUCAACACGAAAAAAUAACGAAAUAUCAUGACUUUUUGGAUGGGAAAUUAUGAACAGGUACGCCCUAUCUCACAACUCAUCCAGCGAACUAUGAGCCUGCCAAAGUUCUACGGCCUCAACAGAUAGGAUCCCCGGGCUGCUCAGCACUAACUCCACGGAACACAACAUGAGGACUUACCUUGCGCUCUUGCUGUGGGCUGCCGCGACCCUUGGUGUAGACGGCAUGGUCUUUUUUCAGGGCUCUGGGGGGGUAGUGGGGAAGGAAAUGGACCAACACAAAUCAAAACAUGGAGUGCCUCUCAGGCGAGCGAAGCGAGGCUGGAUGUGGAAUCAGUUCUUCCUGCAGGAGGAGUAUACUGGAUCAGAGAAUCUCUACAUAGGCAAGCUGCACUCCGAUAUGGAUAAGGAGGAUGAGACCGUGAGGUACGUGCUCAACGGGGAAGGAGCGGGCACCAUCUUCAUUAUCAACGAGCAAACAGGGGACCUGCACGUCACACGGAGUCUGGACCGCGAGUCCAAGGCCAGCUACAUCCUGAGGGCCCAGGCCGUCAACAGGAAAACGGGCUACCCACUGGAGCCAGAGACGGAAUUCAUUGUGAAGGUCCACGACAUCAACGACAACGAGCCAAAGUUCCCUCAGGAGGUCUACUACGCCACCGUCCCAGAGAGGUCGAAUGCAGGCACAUCCGUGACCCAGGUAAUAGCCGAGGACGCAGACGACUCAAUGUUCGGCAUGGCGGCCAGGCUGGCCUACAGCAUCAGCCAGGGUCAUCCUUACUUCUCAGUGGAGCCAGCCACAGGCAUCAUCAGGACAGCCCUGGGGCCCUCUGACAUGGACAGGGAACAGCGGGAGCACUACCAGGUGGUGAUUGAGGCCAAGGACAUGGGCGGAUCCAGGGGAGGCCUCACAGGAAGUACCAUCGUCAACAUAACGCUCACUGACGUCAACGACAACCCUCCCCGAUUCCUCACAAGUGAUUUUUCGUUCAGUACCCCGGAGACCACAGAGAUGGGCACUCCCAUUGGGAGGGUGAAGGCUUUUGACAGGGACAUUGGCGUCAACGCCGAGAUGGACUUCAGCAUCAUCGGUGGAGAUGGACAGGACAUGUUUGAUAUUACCACUGACAGGAUCACACAGGAAGGGGUGCUCAGUGUUAAAAAGCCCCUGGAUUUUGAGAGGAAGAAGUCUUAUGACCUUAAGAUCCAGGUGCAGAACCCGCGUCCUCUGGUGGACCUGCAGAUGCAGGCGGUCAGCAAAGCCACCGUGCGCAUCAGCGUGGAGGACGUGGACGAGCCGCCGGUGUUCGAGCGCUUCACCUACAUCAUGGAGAUGAAGGAGAACACCGCCGCCGGCUCCACCGUGGGCUCCGUCAGUGCCAUGGACCCCGACAUCCGGCACGACCCUGUCAGGUAUUCCAUUGAUCGACACACGGAUCCAGAUCGUGUUUUUAAUGUUCACGGAGGAAACGGCUCCAUCUACUUGCUCAAGUCCCUGGACCGGGAGAAGGCAGCCUGGCAUAACAUCUCUGUUGUUGCCACUGAGUUCAACAAUCGGGAGCAGAAGAGUAGUGUUCCAGUGUUUAUCCGUGUCUUGGACGUCAACGACAACGCACCCACCCUCGCAUCCUUCUACGAGACGUUUGUCUGUGAAAAUGCAAAGUCUGGCCAGAAAAUUCAGACCAUCACAGCAGUGGAUGAAGACGAUCCUGCCGGUGGCCAUCGCUUCUUCUUCAAGCUGGCCCCGGAGAGUUUAGAGUUUAGACCCAAUUUCACUCUGAAAGACAACCAAGAUAGCACGGCAUCAAUUUUCACCCGCCGCACUGGCUAUCGCCGGCUACAGCAGAGCUCUUUCCAUCUCGCCGUGGUCAUCUCCGACGGCGACUACCCCAUGCAGAGCAGCACCAGCACGCUCACGGUGCGGGUGUGCACGUGCGACCGCGACGGCAACAUGGAGAUGUGCAACGCGGAGGCCCAGUCCGGAGUGGCCGGCCUCAGCACUGGCGCCCUGGUAGCCAUCCUGCUGUGUGUCAUCAUCCUGCUCCUGAUUGUGGUGCUCUUCGCUGCGCUGAAGAGGCAGAAGAAGAAGGAGCCCCUGAUCAUCUCCAAGGAGGACGUGCGGGACAACGUGGUCAGCUACAACGACGAGGGCGGCGGAGAGGAGGACACGCAGGCCUUCGACAUCGGCGCCCUGCGCCACCCCGAGACCAUGGAGGAGGCCGCCAAACAGCGACGGGACAUCAUGCCCUCCGAGACACUCUUUGCGCCUCCGCCGCUGCUGAGGCGGAGCGUGGCAGCACCGGGCGGCAUGCCCCCAUCGCGGGACAACGCCGACGUGCGGGACUUCAUCAACCAGCGGGUGCUUGAGAAUGACCUGAACCCCACGGCGCCUCCGUACGACUCGCUAGCCACCUACGCCUACGAGGGCAACGGCUCAGUGGCCGAGUCGCUCAGCUCGCUGGGCUCGGCGUCCACGGAGGAUCCUGGGGAGCAAGACUACAACUACCUCAGCGAGUGGGGACCGCGCUUCCGCAAGCUCGCCGACAUGUACGGGGGCGAGGACAGCGACAGGGACUCCUGAGAAUCCCAAAAACGGAGCGUUCGCUGAGAAAAGACGGAAAAAACAAUCUGAAGAAAACUAAGAAAAACAGAAUCCGUUUCUGUUAAGGAAAGUGGAAUAUGCAGCCCGAUUUUUUUUUCUUUAAAACAAAAGUGCCCUUGACUCUUUUUUGUAACUGAUGCCGCAAAAUCUCUCCGCCAAUCUCUCUCUCUAUCCCUCACUCUCUCUCUCCCUCACUCUCUCUCUCUCCACUCUCUCUCUCUCCCUCACU